UUGGUUAGUCAUUGUUCCUUGAUAUAUUUUUUUUAUUAUUUAAAAUUCAAAUUAUGAGUGCCAACGGUCUUCAUAAUGAAACACAUAUCCCACUGGCGUUCGAUGCUGGAUCUCAUUCAAUACGUUUUGGGUUCUGUAACAACAGUUCGCCAAACUCGGAUAUACCAUCCGUGGUCGGUGGCAUGUUGGAUGGCACAGAGUCGGUCGGACAUACGGAUCGUAUCAAGCAGUGCUCAACGUAUUAUGUGAAUAUCAACUCUUUGUGCGUUCCGCGUGAAGGCAUGGAACUUAUAAAUAUUAUGGACAAAGGCUUAAUCCAAGAUUGGGAUGCGUUUGAAAACCUUAUGAAUUAUGCUUACUCAAAGUGUUUGUUCACUGAUCCAAAGCUUCAUCCUGUUGUAUUUACUGAAUCGCCAUUAAAUACCAACAAAAAUAGAGAAAAACUAAUGGAGUUGUUGUUUGAAAAAUACAAUGUGCCAGCAAUGAUGAUUUGUAAAAACGCUGCAGCAGCUGCUUUUUCUUGUGGUAUCGAAACUGGAAUUGUUGUUGAUAGUGGUGCUACACAUACCACUGCCAUCCCAGUAUAUGAAGGAUAUGUAAUAACUGGUGCUAUUGUCAGUUCUCCCAUGGGAGGAGAUUUCAUUCUUAAAAAAUGUGAGAAACAUUUUUAUGAAAAUAAUAUUGAUGUGAUUCCACAUUAUCUUAUUGCUAACAAGCAAAGGGUAAAAGCAAAUGAAACUCCGAUAUGGUCAAGAAAAAAUACACUCCCCAAAGUAACAAAUUCUUGGCAUAACUACAUGUGCAAAUCAGUUCUUGAAGAUUUUAAGCAUACUGUGUUAGAAGUAACUGAAUUUCAAUAUAAUGAUUCUCUAUUAUCAAAUCUUCCGACUUGUCAUUAUGAGUUUCCUAAUGGCUACAAUCAAGAAUUUGGUAGUGAAAGGUUCAAAAUACCAGAAUUCUUUUUCAAUCCUAGUAAUGAAGGAGGUAACUUAACAGCCCUGAGUGAAGUUGUCCACCUUUGUGCAGCAAUGUGUAGUGAUACAAUAACAGAUGAACUAUAUGCCAACAUUAUAGUUACUGGUGGAAAUUCUUUGAUAAAAGGAUUUCCGCGGAGAUUACAUACAGAAAUUGCUUCUAAUUUAAGAAAUACAUCAAGAGUGAAAUUAACUGCUCCUAUUAAUUCAUCUAACAGACGAUUUGGUGCAUGGAUUGGUGGUUCAUUAUUAGCCACUACUGCUAAAUUUAAUCAUUUGUGGUUCAGAAGUAGCGAUUAUCAUGAAAAUGGCACAGAUGAAAUAAAUCAUAAUUAUCGUUUUAUUUAAAAAAUGAGAUAUUGGAGUAUCUAGGAUGACCACAUAACUAUGUACAUGAGUAGAUCAUUAUAUUAUACACAAAAC